CCUGGGCACAGAGCACGCGGUCUCCCCUACCCUCUCCCCGUUCUUGGUGAAGUAGACUGUGACAGUUCUGUGUGCACUGGAGUCUGAGUUCUGCGAGGCCUUCCUCGGCUCCCUCCUCUCCUUCUCCCUCAUCAGCCAGCGCUGGCGGAGGUUCCUCUCAAAAAGCUCGGGGAAAUCAUCGUCCGAGUCGUAGCUAAAGUCGUCCUCCAACUCCUCGUCCUCCUCGAACCCAUACAUCAUCUCGUGCUCAGAGUCACACUCAAACUCUGAUUCAGAGUCUUGUUGACUGGCUCCUCCGUCUGGGUCCUCUGUCUCGGAGUUGCCGGCCGGGAACAGAAUCCCACAGCCAAUGACGUCGCCAGUGGUACACUUUGGCCCAAACUCCUCCCCCACUCCACUCUCCUUGUACAGCUGGCCGUUGUCUGCGUGGAACCCGACGGAACCCUUGUUCCAACCAGGGUGUCUGUGGAGGGGGUAAGUACUCUUCCCGAGUCCCAGGGCAAGCCAGCCCUCCUUCCCACAGCUCACUAUCUCCAUCUCAAAGUAGUGGUUGGUCUGAUCUAGCCGGAGUCUCGCCUGUGCUAUCCCCACAUCUUGCUUAUCCAGUCCAUUGCCCACAUACUCUAGCGUCAGUCCAUCGCUGAGAAAUCUAAUCGCGUUGGACCUCAGCCAGUAGGUGGAGGGAGAGGUGUCCUGUUCCAUUGGUUCCUGGACUCCAUCACAGAGUCUUCUCCAGUGACCGAGAUAGCGCACCUUCUCCCCCAUACUGUGCAUCCCUAUGAUCGGGUAGAACCCAAAGAGAGGUCGCCGCAUCUUAACCUUCUCCCCGAUCUGUUUCCCGUUCUUUGUGAAGAAGACACUGCGAUAUCCUUCCUCGGUGUCGUCCUCAUAGUCAAUACCGCAGCCCAUGUGGUCUCCCUCGGCGCACGUGGCAGCAAACGCCCGACCGAAACCGUCCUGGAAAAACAGACGACCGUCGUCGGCAUGGUAACCGAUGCCGUUCCUGUUCCACCCCGGCAUGCGGUCGAGGGGAUAACCCUGCUCUCCCACUCCAAUUCCGAUUGCACACUUCCUCCCUCGACACACUAUCUGGUACUCGUAGUAGUUCAGGAGCGGAGACAUGGGCUCCAAGAUCUUGACCACGCCCACCGAGCCCCCUUCCCCGCGGAAAGAGAAAAUGUCUCCGUCAACUUUGGCGUUCCUCCCGGUGUAGUAGCGGCUCUUGGAGUGGAGCUUUACGCCUUGCAACAUGGUCUCCUGCUUCUCCUGAUGACUGACUCCCUGGGAAACUCAGUGGCGAAGCUGCUAAGCCUACAGCCAUGCCCAGCCCAUGUCGCGUGUGCAUCCAGGGGGGGCGUGUUGACUUAUGACGUAACCACAAUUUAGAACGUUGAAAAGGCGGGAAACUGACUCUGGAAGGAAACGAGCAGGCGAUAGUGGGGGAGUGGAGGACAUAUAAAGACCCGAGGCCAAGGAGGAAGUUAAUUCGCCAGAAUGUGCACUCCUGGACGACCCUUGCCCGUCUUCGUUGAAGAGACGUUUAGUGCCAGGAAACGAACUCCAUUUAGAGCGCAGUACACGCCUCGCUCUCCGGCCAAGUCGUGUCCGCCUGUGUCGAGGAUCACACGGAGCACCGAGACCGGCCACCUGCCAAGAGGGGUCAGCUUCAAGUCAGAGAGGAAGACCAAUGGUGUUCUUGCUAGUCCUCACUACAGACCCACAGCCCACGGCUCCUACUUUGACCAGUGUUUUGAGGUGAUUGAGAAACUCGGAGAAGGCUCUUUUGGAGAGGUGUUCAAGGCAAGGAGUAGAGAUGAUGGACGACUCUAUGCUGUUAAGAGGUGCUGGGAGAGGUUCAGGGGGACAAGUGACAGGCGGAACAGACUGGCUGAGGUGGAGAGACACGAAACUCUGCCGCGACAUCCCAACUGUCUCGGGUUUGUCAAUGCCUGGGAGGAGAGAGGUCUGCUCUACAUUCAGACCGAGCUCUGUCAGAUGAGUCUAGCCCAGUAUGCAGACCUCCAUGGCCUAGUCCCUGAACACAGAGUGUGGGAGAUACUAGCUGAUCUUCUCCAGGGACUGGAUCACCUGCACAGUCACCAGCUGGGUCAUUUCGACAUCAAGCCGUCCAACGUGUUCCUGGCCAGUGACGGUUCCUGUAAACUGGGGGACUUUGGCCUCUGUGUCUCUCUGGACCAGGUACUCCUCCCUAUCUACAUCUAUAGCAGUAUCCUCGCACAGUUAGCAUUUCGAAACACAUUCAAAUGCGUGUGUACAUGGAAUACAGAGCCAGCUCCUGAGGAGCCUCCCUAGCAACAAGUUUACGUUUAUGGUCCUAAUAAUAGUACACUUACUGUUUUGGGGCCAAAGUGUCCCCUGGGAACUCAUCUGUUCUCCUGAAUAUGCUUCCCGGAGGCAUAUUCAGGGGGACAGAUGAAGAAGAUAUAGAGGGACUAUGUCCCCCACCCUGGUGUGCUCUGGCAC